AUGUUGGAAAUUGUUCUCACAUUCUUUAAUUUAACUUUUUAAUUUCAAUUCACAAUGUUUUAAUUAUUUUAUUCUUUGAUUACAUUGCAGAAGUAAUCAAUAGUUAUGUAUAUANAUUAAUUCUUGAUUAAAAUGGGUAAAUAUAAAAUUCUAAAUUUUAGGUAUGUUAAUGUAAGAUAAAUCUGUACAUAUUUAAUUCUCCUUUCAUCUCCUACUCCAAAAGAAGAUGAGCUAAAAUAAUAUUCAAAUAAAUUAGGUCAACCUUUGGUAAACAAAGAUACUUUUGUUAAUACUCCUGCUUGGUUUGAUGAUUAUGAGAGAAUACCAGAAGAAGAAAGUAUAAAAAAUAUUAAUCUUAUUUAGAUACUAAUUACUUUGACCGUGUUAUUUACAUUAAGGAAUUAUUAUUCUUUGUUCAUAAGGAUGAAAAUGAUAUGUUAGCUACCAAAUAAUAUAUUGAUAUACUUAAUGUUGAAGGAGAUAGAUUUGUAGAUUAUUUAUUACAAAACAUACAACAUUAAUGA